AUGGAUCUACUGCAAUGGUUGUCCUCAAUUUUCAUUUCCCUAUGGAAUAAUCUCACACUACUAGGCAUCUCUGUCAUUUUUUCCACCUUAUUCCUCGACUUCAUGAAGCGCCGGAGAUGCUGGAGCCGUUACCCACCAGGGCCGACCUCCCUGCCCUUCAUUGGCACCAUGUUACAGAUUGAUUUGAACCGUGUCCAUCUUUCUUUGACCUGGUUGAGUAAGAAAUAUGGGAACAUUUAUAGCCUGCAGUACUUCUGGAAGAAUGUAGUGGUACUGAAUGGUUUCAAGACUGUGAGAGAAGCUUUAGUCAGUAAAUCAGAGGAUUUUGCUGAUCGACCCUAUUUUGCUGCCUACAAUUAUUUGGGCUAUGGAGAAACCAAUCCAGGACUGAUAAUGGCAAAGUAUAGCCAUGCCUGGAAAGAACAGAAGAGGUUUGCCAUCACCACACUGAGAGACUUUGGGAUGGGAAAGGAAUCUCUGGAACAGCUGGUGAUCAAAGAAGCUGAACAUUUGUGUUCCGAAUUUAGUUCUCAGGAAGGUUUGUCAAUACUAGGUCUCCUUCAGGCAGCACCUUUUUUAAUGCGCAUCCCUGGAUUUGUACAUAUCUUUCAACAUCAAAAAAACUUUUAUGCCUAUAUGGCUGAGAUUCUGAAGGAACACAAAGAAAGUUUGAAACCCUCAUGUAAGAAAUGUUUUGCUGAUGCUUUUUUGGAAGAAAUGGAGAAGAGAAAGGAUGAUAAAAACAGCCUUUUCAGUGACAAUAACCUUCCUGUGGUGAUUGGUGACCUAUUUGCUGCUGGCACAGAGACCACUUCUGCUACCUUGCGCUGGGGACUGUUGUACAUGAUCCUUUACCCCAAUGUCCAGAGAAAGGUUCAAGAAGAAAUUGAUAUGGUGAUUGGCAAGAACAGGUCACCCAAAAUGGAAGACCAGAAAAACAUGUCCUAUACUCGUGCUGUAAUCCAUGAAAUCCAACGAUAUGGGAAUGUUAUUCCAGCUGGAUUGCCCCACAUGACAUAUAAAGAUACAGAGCUGGAAGGCUAUUUUAUCCCGAAGGGUACCACAGUCCUGAUCAAUCUCUCGUCUGUGCUAAAAGAUGAAGAUGUGUGGGAGAAUCCACAUCAGUUCUAUCCGGAGCAUUUUCUGGAUGCCAAUGGACAGUUUGCCAAGCAAGCAGCAUUCCUGCCUUUUUCAGCAGGUCCCCGUGUUUGUGCAGCAGAACAACUAGCCAGGAUGGAGCUUUUCCUCUUCUUCACAAGCCUCCUUCAGCAUUUCACCUUUUGGAUUUCAGAGAACCAGCACAGGCCAAGAGAAGAUGGAUGUUUUUCUUUUACACUUGUCCCACAUCCCUAUAAACUCCAGGUUGUUUCAAGAUAA